UCUAGCUGUGUGUCAGAGUCAGUCUGGCUGUGUGUCUGUGCCAAUAUGGAUUUGUCACCUGUAGUUGUUUCAAUCUGCCUGGCCGUGCUUACGGUUUCAGAAGGAAAGGAAGUGUGUGUUGUCCCCAAGUGCUGCCCUCCAAACCAAACUAUACUACCAGAUGGUGGAGGGUGUUACAGUAGCAACCUUACCUUUGAGCCAGAGUUUUGGAAUGGGACGGACAGUCUUCCCCCAGCCAGCUCCAUGGAGCCUCUUAAUGUCAUCGUGGGAGACCCUUGUCAGUAUGGCAAGUUUAGACUUGAGCCAGAAGAAGACAGUAAUGAUGAGUUCCAUAUCUUAUGCAACGGAUCUCUUCUCGUACCAUUCCAGUCAGAUCAACUGUACGGGUUGAACCACUACUGUUUGGAGGCUUUUCCCUCUCCUCCUCACCCCUCUACUGGAGGCAAUGGAGCUGUUACCCUUCCUCUGCUGUGUUUUCCCCCACCACCACCUCCUCCGACCGUCUUUGAGAAGAUUGCCAUGGCCGUCUACCCUGUAGGUUUGUUGAUCUCAGUUCCGUUCCUGAUCCUGACAACGGUGAUAUUUGCAGGAUUGCCAGAGCUAAGGGACACUCAAGGCAAGAGUCUGGCUUGUCAUUGUGGGAGUCUCACCGUUGCGUUUCUAGCUCUCGCGAUAGUCAAGUUGGCUGGAGACUGCCUCCCACAAAAAGCCUGUGUUACUUUUGCCUUUGUCAUCCAAUUUUCAUUCGUUGCAUGCUUUUUCUGGCUGAAUGUUCUCUGCAUUGACACUUGGUGGAGACUAACUCGCAAGCCGUGCUGGUCAUCACGUCAGGAGAGGGUGAGGUUCCUGUGGUACUCCUUGUAUGCCUGGAGCAUGCCUCUGAUGUUUGGGAUUGUCACCAUAGUUAUGGAGCUCACCCCAGUCGUGCCUAAUGCCUACCUCAAACCCAGUUUUGGUUUGCAGAGCUGCUGGUUUCAUAGCAAAGCAGCAGCACUGCCGUACUUCUAUGCUCCCAUUGGUUUGUUGCUGCUGGCCAACAUCGGGCUGUUCUGCCUAAGUAUCUCCGCUGUACGCUCGGCCGUAGAGCAACGUGUGGAGGAAGAGCUGGGACUCAACGCUGAGCGCAACCCUUGUAGCUACAGCAAGGCCAGCCGCAGGGUUGAAAUGUUUAAGCACUGUCUGAUCUUGUUUGUGGUGAUGGGUCUCAACUGGACUCUAGAACUUCUCUCCUACUUCAUCGGAGGUCCCAUAGAAGUGUGGUUAGUGACAGACACUCUCAACACGUUACAAGGUGUCAUCAUCUACGUUGUGUUUGUGGUCAGUGUGCCGAGGGUCAAACACUUGGCUAGUAAUAGACUCAUGCCUGCAUGUGGACAGACUAAAAUGUGAACAUUUUACAAAUCUCUCAAAGGAACCUUACAAUUCCAAACCGAAGUUUGUUGUGUGAAGUUAUGUUUGAAGUGAUGUUAAAUACUGUUCAGAGCAAAUUAAAUGGUUGACGUCAUGAGGUUGUUUGGACGCUUCUGAAAUUUUAAAUUAAUUAUAAUUUUAUUUGCUUAGUAUAUGCUUGAAGUAUUAUUUAGUUAACUUUUAUUAAUUAAUUGAAUGAGUUUAAACACUGCCCCAUGUUGAACAUAAUUAUGUAAAGAACAUUCAAAUUUUACUGAUACUUUUUUUUCGGAUUGGAUGGAUGUUGAAACUAGCCAUACAGUAUGACUUCUGCUUGUAUGAAGGAUGCUCAAAGGUCAGUAUUAUUCUGUUACUAGGUGAACCCUUGGGAAUUCGCACGAAUAACAAAUAAGGAUAUUUUGAAUGUUUGAAUGAAAAUGUAUUUGGUAUUAAAACAAAUCAAUGACAGAAAAAAAUUAAAGCUACAUAUAAAACAUGUUUAAAUAAUUAAAGAUAAAUAUACUGUUUCCAAAAUCCCUUUAAAAACGACAUUAGUUGUAAAGAUAGAACUUUCACCAUCAACGAAUUGUUUCUCUGUUUCUGUAAUGAAAACCCUUUCUGCAUCGAAGCAUUUUGUACGACUGAGUGUAACAUAUAGUUGGCCAUGCGAGAAGACCGGCUUUGGGAGCUUCAGUGAUACCUUCGUAAAGGUAUGUCCCUGACUUUUGUUGAUCGUAAUUGCAUAUACAAGUGUAACUCAGAUAGGAAACUGGUAUCGUGUCAGUUUUUAAUGGGAAAGCCGUAUCAGAUGGAGAAAGCCUAACUUUUGGAAUUAAAAUUAGCUGGCCAUGGCUCGAUCCUGUCAAAACUUCACAUCCAGUGUUAUUUGCAUACAGGCCAGUAACUUUCAUUCGGGUACCAUUGAUUAUGCCUUUUCAUGUAUUUAGGUUUUGCAUUAGCAUUACAAAGGCGCCAAAUUUCAGACUAUCCUAUGUCGUGGAAGACCACUUCCUUCAAGACUAUUAAAAGAAUUCAACAGGAAACUGUAAUUGUUCCGAAACAUCAUCGGUGUUGACUGAGUACAUGCUGAGAUAAAUUCUUUCUUCGCCUGGUACUUUUUCAAGGAUCACGUUGAUUAGCAUUCUUUCUUGAACAGCGGUUUCGACGUCGUAAUAUAUAUUUAUAUAUAUAUAUUUCGAAAAUCUGAAGCCAGUUUGCACAUCUACACACCUAGACAAACAUUUUGGUUUAUAAUAAGUGGGGUUAAAUCAUAAAACAAAAAAGCCUUGUCGUUCACAAAGUUUCAUGUCGCGUAUUAAAUAUAUAGAUAGAUUCACAUUUAUUAGGCGCAUUGUCAGUUGUCAUAAAGAUUUAAGAUUUUGCUAUGUUAUGCAAUAAGUUAGAUUAAUGAAAACAACUGAUUCUAUUUCUUUAAUAAUCUGUGGCAACAAAGAAAGACCUUAUAAAAUGGACUAAAAAGAUUGUAAUCAUAGGGUAUUUAUGAUGGUUCAAUGUGACUACUGGUUAGCAAUGGAAAAAUAUUACUUUUUUGGCAAUUUUUAUAAUUUUUGGGACUUUUCAGCAUAUUUAGGCUAUUUUAAACAUUUUAUUUUUAUCAGCAUGAUUUCCCUACCAUGAAACAAAACAAAAAAUAUUAGAUUAUGUUUUUUUUGUUUACUCAAAAGUAGUUCCUUGUAGUUUGUCUGUUGCUAUCAAGCAGUAUUAAUUUAUGUUUUAAAUGUUGAUGAACUGGAUGGUGAUUAAUUUCAUUGUAUUUACUUUUUGUAAAACAUCAACAUCUAUCUAUAUCUAUACCUCAAUAGUUAGUUAUUAAGUAGACAAUGCUCAGUAUUAAUUUUUA